AAUGCACCGAAAGAAGAAGAAACAGUAGACGAAGAAGACGAAGACGAAGACGAAGAAGAAAACCAAAACAUCUACAGCCACGAGGAGGAGGAGACGCGGAGAAGCAGCUACGGGAAUAAGUUACUGUAUGAAGCCGUCUUACGUAAGUUACCUGCAUCACCAAGCAAUGGACAGUGACUGCUUAAACCUACUGCCGUCUGUCUGUGAAGUUUUGGCUGAUUCCACACUUUUGCUCCAUGAUGACACAUCUCUGGAAAAGCUUCUUGAUUAUUUCAAAGAGCUGAUAGUGCGGAAUGAUGAGCAGUAUCUCAUGCAGUAUCAGCCGUAUCUCCUACAGUUCUUGCAGAGUGUAACAAAAUUGCAGACAGUAGAUCCGUCUGUCUUUUCGUUCUCACUCAAACUUGCUGGGCUGCUGGCAGGUAAAGAGCACAGUUUCACCUUGCUGGAGGAGAGGGGAGUAUUGGAGUAUAUGUUUCAGCCAGAUAGCUGGCAUACGCUGGAUCUCUGGAAAAAUUCCUCAGUACGUUAUGGGUGGCUACAGGGCUUGUGGAGCAUGUUGCAGCAUCCACAAUCCAUUCACUUUUUCUGCAGGAAUGGAUUCCUUAAGUUGGUCCUCCAUCUGCAAAAUGACAACGGCCAUUUCAUUACCUCUUUGACUGGUCAGAUUUUAGCACACAUUUUAAACACCGUCAUGCCAGUAGUGCUGAGCAACAGUAAUAAUACUGAGACACCAAACUGCUGUCCUGUCAACAGUGAGUUUGCUUCAGUUACAGAAGAAGUAAUGACUCAUGUGGCUGCCUCAUUAGCCUCACAGGAACAGGCUGUUAUCGUCCCAGCCUUAAGGUUGUUAGCCACAAUUCUCACCCAGUGUACAGAACCACUGAGGAGAAUGUUUUGGAAACAUGUUGUGGGACCAUUGGAAUUAUUAGCAAAUGUUCAAGAUGACUCCUUUACACUUCCCAUCAUAGCAGUCCUUCAAGCUGUUGCAAGGAGUCCUGUUUUGAUCCAACCAGAUUGUAGAGUGGAGACACUGAUGGACAUCAUGUUGUUUUCGAGAAGUGCCGCUGAAUCUGUGCAGUGUGCAGCAGUGAUCUUGCAAAUGGAAGACUGCCCUGAAGUUUUCAGACGGAAAGCUACAGAUGUAAUCCUCCUUCCUCUGCUGUGUGCCACUGCGUCCCCUUUGCAGCUUCAUGAACCAGAUAAGCUAAAUGGCCACAUAUCACGCUUGGAGAAGCAGCUAUCCCAGAAAGCCUUCUCUGUGUGUCUGCUCACUCAGAGCCUGUCCAGCAUAGCAGAGCAUGUAUGCAAGAAAUCUUUGGCCGAUAUUCCUGUUCAGCUGAUUGCCUCUGCUGUGAUAAAACUUCUGAAAAUAUGCACUGGGCAAUGCCCCUUCACUCUGGAAGCUGGUACAUUUCCUCAUCUUAUUGGCUGUUACAAGGUUCAACAGUGCAGUAUCGACCUAUUAGGUGGCCUCACUGUUUAUGCAGAGAGCAUGGACUUAAUUGAGGAGGCUUUUGUUGUUCUUCUGCAGUAUCUGCAGUGUCCUGACUCCCAUGCUACAGUUUUGAAGAAAACACACCAGGCCACUCUUAAAUGGCUCAGUAUCUGUUCACCAUCAUCAGAUUUAUGGAAGAUGGUUAUACAUGAGCUCUUUCAAUUAAUGAAGAAACAUGUAUGUGAUGCACGAUGGGAAGUGAGAGAUUCAACUCUGGAGUUCAUUACACAGCUCACAGCCGACCUCAAAGGUAAUAGUAAAUAUACUGAAACUCUUCAUAGCAGUGGCAUGAUCUCAGCGCUCUUCACCUCGCUGUCAGAUUUGGAAGGCUACGUCCAAGCGAGUGCAAUGGCGGCUCUUGGCGAGGCAGUAACUACAUUUGAUGUCGGUAGCAAUGUGCAGGAAAAAGCUGUGACCCAUCUGUUGAGCAUUCUCUCUCAAGAUACACAGAGCUUCCCACAUCGUGCUGCAGUGAAGGUCUUCACUGCAUGGCUAAAAAGCCCACAUUGUUGUACCGCCUUGGAGCAGUCUAUUAGCUCAGUGUUGUUACUCGGUGGAAAUGACUUUGACUGGGAGGUUAAAGUUCACACCCUGGAGUUAGCAGAUGUAUUGAUGGACAGAUCACUAAAUCAUUGUCCCUGUCACUUUCAGAAGAUCUACACAAGUGCUGAAAAUAAAUGCAUAAUGCAGGGCCUAACCAAACUGAAGGAAUUAGGGGUAUUUGAGUUUCUGUUUAAAUGCUUAUCUGACUGUGACAGACCUGUUUCUCAGAAAGCUUGUUCACUCCUGCUUAAGCUAAGAACACUUAUGAGGGAGAUUACUACUACUACUGACCACAAAGUUCUUACUCUUGAAAUAUGUGAGUGCAGUUGGAAUGAGGAAAUGCUUCAUAGAUACCACAAAAACCGAGAUGCCCUUGAGAUUAAUUGGGUAAAAAAUGGAGACAACGCGUCUUGUAGGGACAUGGACGGUGCAGAUUCUCUCAAUGGAUCUCCAAAAGAGACGGAUCUGUGCCAGAUAUUAGAACUAUUAGACCUUGAGAAGAUGCACCAUAGCUUAUCACUAAGUAGUGAUCAUGUGAUCAAUUCACCCCAAUCUCUAAUGGAAGACAUUUUAUUCAUGACAAAAGAGAGUGAAGAGAAUCUUGCAGAUUGCUAUUGAUAAAGUGGACUUGUCAGGAGCUAAGUAAGGCAAUACUCUUGGCAUUGUGAGCCGAUGGCUUUGUGUUGAACAGCGAAGCAUUUGUUUUAUAACACGCAAACUUUAAAUGUUACAUUUGCAUUCACAAAAAUGUAAUAUAGGGCUGUACUUAAAACUUGUACAUAAUUGCAUAUAAUGACCAAAAGAAACCGUUUAGAUCAUAUAAUGUCUAAUGUCUUGAAUGGAUUGUGGAUUAACUCUGGUUUUUACGAUUUAACAUGACUAUUGAAAACUGUUGAAAGAGGCUAAGAAACAUUCUUCUUAAGUGGAAAUGUAACUCGAUGCACAUGAUCUAACACUGGAAUGUGGACCCCAAAGGUGGGUCUUGUACUUCUUUUUCUUUUCUUUUUUUUUUUUCUUUCCAUAUUGACAAUAUCCAAUAUAUAAUCAAUAAACAUAUCUAAUGUCCCAAAGUUUGUGUGUCUGUUAAGU